AUGGGUUCCGUGACAAUCCAGCAGCGAAAUGAGUUGGGAGAAGGAAAGAUUGGAGAGGAUGGUUUCAAGGUGUUUGGUGGACAGCUGAAAAAGGAUUUCCUAUUUGCCCCUGGGUGGAGGAACAUUAACCAUGGCUCCUUUGGCUCCAUCCCCCGAGCCAUUCAGGACAAGAUGCGUCACUACCAGGACACCAUCGAGGCGCGACCCGACUUCGUCAUUCGCUACGAACAUGGCAAGCUCAACGAUGAAUCCCGUGAAGCUGUCGCGACUAUUGUCAAUGCACCGGCCGAGACAAUCACAUUCGUCAACAACGCAACAGAGGGCGUCAACACUGUCUUCAAGAACAUAAAGUGGAACAAGGACGGCAAGGAUGUAGCCUUUUAUUUCACGACCGUCUAUGAUGCGUGUGGGAAGACAAUUGACUUUCUCUACGAUUUUCAUGGCGAGGGCAAGUUUAUCAGCCGCGAAAUCAAGAUUUUGUACCCCAUUGAGGACGAGGACAUCCUACAGCGGUUCCGCGAUGCUGUCAAGCAGGUCGAGGCAGAGGGAAACCGCGCCAAGAUUUGCAUCUUUGACACCGUCUCUUCUAAUCCGGGUCUUGUCUUCCCCUGGGAGGCCAUGACCAAGGUCUGCCGCGAGCUCGGCGUGCUGAGCUUGGUGGAUGGUGCUCAGGGCAUUGGCAUGGUGCGGCUGAACCUUUCAGAGGCGGAUCCUGACUUUUUUGUGUCGAAUUGUCAUAAAUGGCUGUUUGUGCCGCGUGGGUGCGCUGUGUUUUACGUUCCUGUGAGGAAUCAGCAUUUGCUGCCGUCGACGCUGUCGACGAGCCAUGGCUAUAUACCCGAGACUGGCACGCGGAGCACGCCGCCGGAUAUAUAUGGCUCGAAAAGCUUCUUUAUCAAUAACUUUCAGUGGGCGGGUACGAAGGAUUACUCGGCAAAUUAUUGUGUCAAGGAUGCUGUAGCCUACCGCAAGAAAGUCCUCGGCGGGGAGGAGAGAAUCUUGAACUACCUUUGGGAUCUGAACAAGAAGGGCAGCAAACUCAUUGCAGAGAUACUGGGCACAGAGGUUCUUGAGAAUAGCAAGGGCACGUUGACGAACUGCGCCAUGGCGAACAUUGCGUUGCCGGUGUGGAAAGGAGAGAAGGGGCCGGAAGCCAAGGAGACGGAUGUUGUUGUGCCGGUGGAGGAUAUGAGCUUGGCUGUGGCGUGGUUGAUGAGGACUCUUGCGGAUGAAUAUAAGACGAUUGUGCCCAUGUUUUUGAUGGGGAAUAGGCUCUGGUUUAGGACGAGUGCGCAGGUAUACUUGGAUUUGGCGGAUUACGAGUAUCUCGCGGAGUCGUUGAGGGAGAUGUGUGAGAGGGUUAGGAAGGUUACAGGCUGGGCCUAG